AUGAACAACAGUCAAGCUCUAUCAGCAGAUUCACAUUAUUGCGAUAAACUUCAGAAUACACUCAACCUAACUGCUUCCCAAUCUCCGUUUUUUGAUGGAAAACAAUGCCAUGAUCUCCCGAAAUAUUCUCUGAAGAUCUCCGGAUUUCUGGCAAUUUUUGCGAUUUUGAAUACUUUCUAG